UAAGGUGGGUUAACUCUAGCUCAAGUCUCCGUAAAAGCGCAGAGCACUGAUGACGUUGGGCCGGAUGACCAAUCGGGAGGCGCUGCCCUUUGGAGACAAACCAUUUUACUUGUAGUGUCUGCAUCAAGUCUGCAAGCGAGGGCUCAAUUUUAACAGAAUCCACCUUAAAAUCUCUCCCUUAACUUAUGCCUACCUUCUGCCACUUUGAGUGAGAAUACCGCAGUAUAAGAGAGGUGGGGGGGAUAAACACGGCAUCGGGAAAUUUGGGGUGUUAAUAGGAGAACCGGGUGGGGGGGAGGAAGAGACAACAGCACAGCGAGAGAGCGAAAAAACGAUUUGGUCUUGAGAGAGGAGGGGGUGGGGGGGUGAGCGCUCUCAAGGCAGAAAAUUCGAUGAUGACCAUGACAACGAUGGCUGACGGUCUGGAGGCUCAGGACUCGUCCAAGUCUGCGUUCAUGGAGUUUGGGCAGCAGUCGCACUCGCAGCAGAGCUCCCCGUCCAUGGCCGGCGGCCACUACCCGCUGCACUGCCUCCACUCCGGCUCUCACGCCCACCACCAACACGACAGCAGCGCUUACCCCGGGACCAACACCUAUAACAGGUCGCUACCUUAUCCUUACGUGAGCCAUCCGCACCACAGCCCCUACCUGCCCUCCUAUCACAACAACGCGGGAGGACAGACGCGGCUAGACGGCGCAGAGCAGCAGAAGACGACAGUGAUUGAAAACGGAGAGAUUCGGUUUAACGGGAAGGGCAAAAAGAUACGCAAGCCGCGGACCAUCUAUUCCAGUUUGCAGCUCCAGGCGCUGAACCACCGUUUCCAGCAAACCCAGUACCUCGCCUUGCCCGAGCGGGCUGAGCUGGCCGCCUCUCUGGGACUGACGCAAACACAAGUAAAGAUCUGGUUUCAAAACAAGAGGUCGAAAUUCAAGAAGCUGCUAAAACAAGGUAGCAACCCGCACGAGAGUGACCCCAUCCCGGGCUCCAUGUCCCUAUCCCCGCGCUCCCCGACCAUCCCUCCGAUCUGGGACGUCUCGGCCUCUUCCAAAGGAGUAAACAUGCCGGCCAACAGCUACAUGCCCGGCUACUCUCACUGGUACUCGUCUCCACAUCAAGAUUCAAUGCAGAGAUAGACUGGCGAGGCCCAAACAGAGGGCUCAGUAAAAAAAAAAAAAAGCUAUCUGCAUGGAGGCCCUUUUCUGCAGGAUCCUAUCCCCGUGCAGUACUUUUUUUCCGCAAGGUAGCCUACAAUUUGGACCCUGCAGAGGAGCAAGAAGGUGCUGCUCAUCUACAGGAGGAUUUAAACCAGCCAAGCCUUGGUGCGGGUACACAAACAAGGGGACUUCUCGUUGUUUCAAGCGUACGUGGCUGUUCAGUGCGCACGUUUUUGUCAUGCUUUCAUUCAUGUCUACAUCUGAAUAUACCAAAUAUUAGUGACAUUUUUUGGGCAUGAGAGGCAAAGACUGUCCCCUACCCGUGCGCCAUUACGCAAAGAAAGCCCUUUUCUUUAGCACCCACGGACUGCAUUUUAUUUGAUUUUCCAACAUGCAAAACAAGCAAAAUUGUCUGUAAAUAUAUUCUACGACUUUAGUUGUACAUACACUUUUUAUGUUUUGUCAGAAUGAGUAAAACCGUGACUCUAAA